AUUUUUUUGUUUUCGUGAGUUAGCGACGGCGUUAACUUUAUGCAGUUCAUUUGUGAGGAAAACUGACGGAAAAACUUAAGUUAUAAUAAAAGAAUGGAUGAGUCUCUUGGACAAAUAUACGGCUUGGAGUUGCAGGCGCGAGCUCUUGCUCCACAACUAGGCGAACCCAAUGAAGUACGUUUUUUUAUCGCCACGAAUUCUUUGAAGCCUUCAACAAACCAGGUUCACUUGUUAGAAUUUAAUGAAGAAAAAUCGACCAUUAAUGCAAAAAUUUUCGAACACUCAAUGGGGGAAGUUUGGAAGAUGAAUGCAAACCCUCACGAUCCCUAUGAAAUUUCUACGUGUUAUAAUGAACAAAAUGGAAACAUUAUAAGAACAAAGGCGGCCGUCUUAAGAUACAGUGACGAAACUGAAGAAAAAAACGAAAUAAAGUCGGAAUAUCUACACUGGAGUAAUGUGGACUUGCUUAAUAUAAAUGGGGAAAAAGUAAAGACUGUUGAGUUUCAUCCGCAUCAAAAGGAGAAACUGGCAUGUGUUAUAGAUAAUAGGGUUGUUUUGUACGACAGAGUCAAAGGAAAGGACACCCAAAUCGCCGAAGUUUUGUCGGCAGGCUCAUCGUCUAAGCAUAUCAAUGCAUUUAACUGUGGUAAAUGGUCUCUGCAUCACCAAUGCCAGCAGUUUGUCACGUUGCAUGAGAGUCAUAUAAAAGCCUAUGACAUUCGCGAUCAAAACCAUUUGGCUUGGUCUAUAGAGGAUGCCCAUGGUCAAUUUGUCCGCGAUUUAGAUUGCAAUCCAAAUAAACAAUGCCAUUUUGUAACCGGAGGGGACGAUGGAUUUAUUAAAAUAUGGGAUUGUCGAAAUCCUAAAGAGGCAGUCUUUGUUAGAAAUGACCACUCACAUUGGGUGUGGUCGGUUCGUUUUAACACAUUCCACGACCAACUAUUAUUAAGCAGCUCAAGUGAUUGCAAAGUUUUAUUAACUUCCGCAAGUUCCGUCAGUUCUGAAGCAACAAAUGUAAAUUCGGAGUUAUCCAAUAGCGGAGUGGAAGAAUGUAAGGUACUACCUGAUGGACUCCUACAAACAUUUGAGCAACACGAGGACUCUGUGUAUUGUGUGGAAUGGAGUAAUGUAGAUCCUUGGAUAUUUGCAUCUCUUAGUUACGAUGGUCGUUUGCUUCUUUCGAAAGUACCUAAGCAAUAUAAAUAUCAAAUAAUUUUGUAAGCUUAACUUUUAUUUUUAAUAAAUAUGCUUCUACUAUCCAGUGUCUUCAGAUGUACAAUCUGAGGAAUCGUUUGGAUUAGCCGUCUCUAUUGAA